UGUCGAUGGCAGCUGCGCCAUGUUGCACUAGCGCCGCGACCGCCGUUUUGGCAAAAGGGGCUAUGGGAGACGAUCGCAGAGUAAUAUUCCCAUUUUUAUCAUUGCAUAUCCAGUAUGAGAAUAUUAGAUACAGCAUCUGUCUUCGGCGCGAGCUAUUUUCUAAAGAUGUCAAUUUUUUGAAACGAAUAAGAAGGCGCAUUCGGCCUUUCUACUGACAUGAUGUCCCUCUCUCAAGCUGGAAACAUUUGGUGCAGAAAUGCAAAAAUGAGAAGAAGCAUUUUUUCGCCGUGACGUUAUAUAUUAGAGCACUACAUGUAGGACAGAAAAAUAAAACGAAAAUGGGGGCCGCGAAAGCAGGAAGCAGAAGAACUUUAAGUAAACAGUCCGUAUGGAUUGCAAAUGUUUUUGGGCGGUCGGAAGCACAGCAGAGCGCUGUUAUGUUGUGUCAGUGUGACCCAGAUGAAGGUCCGGCUUGUAUCGCACGUUUGGCAGAGAAGAUGAAGGUUUCUCAAUGCCUAAUCGGCACGACAAAUUCCUGGUGUCGGUGACAAGAGCGGGAAACUCUUGCUGUCCAUGCAUGACAGAUUUUUGUGAAAUGCGCAUCACAGGAGCUUUGCAUUAUAUGUAGUGAGGUCACGAACGUUCUAAUCUAGCGGUUUUUUUGACAGGCAGUGCGCAAAACGACCGGCAGUUAUCAAGCGGGCGGAAGUGUUUUUGGGCAUAAAAAAUUUUCAAUUAUCAAGCAGCCGGGGCUUUGCCGUCAAACAAGCCCGAGCGGAUUCUAUCGAUUCCCGCUUGAUAAAACGACGCAGGGGAGCCGGCAAAAGGGGCGCCCUUCUGAGGCGCCCACCGCCUUAGUUUCUGGCGGUUUUGGCCGCCCAAAAAGGGGCGCUCAAAAAGCAGCAGUCCGAAAAAAACAGCGAAGCCGCAUAGUAUGGGCCCCAUUUUGGCCCACAUCCGAGCCGCCCAAAAGACGCCACCAAAAUCCGCCAUCUCAGAGGCGGACUUAAGGCCAGAAGAUGAGGCAUCUUAACAAAAAAAACCAAAAGAAACAAAGUCAGCCAAAAGCAAAAAGCGAAUCCGCAUGCUAUUGGCCCGAUUUGGGGGCCCAUGGGGCCGACCCGGGGGUGGGGCCUGGCGGGGCCAUAGCAUGCGGGGAAGGUUUUUCGAUUCGAAACCAAAUGGAGGCCAGUUCUGGAUCGACAUUUUUAGCGACCGCCGUGCCGUCGUGCAUAACAUUACUCACGAUGGCACGGUGGGCAGAGAAGUCGCUUCUGUUUUUAGCGUGAAGACAAAAAAACCGCCAUGACCUCACUACCCCCGCUGAGGCGGCUAUUAUUGGUUCUAGACCCAGAGAUAUUUGCAAUCGUGCACAGUCCGUGGCACUGUUCGUCCUCCGCCUACCACUUCAUCUGGCGGCCCAGGCAACCUGAAUGACCAUCCACGAUAGCAGCCCUUGCAGCACGAAUUCCUCGGGAUCCACCGUUGUGGUGAACAAGUAGUACAUAAAGUAGAAUGAGUGGCGAGGACCCUCUUUCUCUCCUGAAGGCGGCCAAGCCCCGUCCUGCCGUGCCUGCAGUGGGCGGGUGCCCGGCGGGCGCCACGAUAACACCAGCGAAUGCUGGUGGCGGAGCUAAGUCCACCAUGUUUACGGACUCUUUGUUCGAUCUAGAUGACGUUCUCGGUGACAAACCCGGCGCCGGACACUAUCAUUUGUAAAAACGUCGUCCCUACUCCAGAUUUUUCAUGCAAAUCUGCAUGCUGGAGCUGGGCUCGGCUGUCACUGUCUCUCAUGCGCAGCCCGAUGAGGAGUCGUUUCUAGUGGUGUUUUGGAAUUUGUACUGCUAUAAUCUUCACGUCGAUAGGGUGAUGGAUUUGUGAUGCCGCUUCUUUAGGCGAGCACGACUCCUUACACUAAGUGUCCCGAUUUGUCAUGCGGAGUUCACAAACCUUUCGUUUCUGAUUUGUGUAAGCAAAGUGCCCAUCUUGGUUGACUCUGGGGCGCGGACGGUUUUGCAUAGGAUAGGUGCCAGCUGUUUGGCACCACGACAACGCAUCCGGCCGACGCGAAAACCGCGGACUACCUGUUUGCCACCGCUGCCCCGACGACAGGAAGCGCAAACUCACUGUUCGGGGCACCAGUCGGGAUGACCACGACUGCGCCGGUGGCCGGUGCUUCAGCUCCUGCGGUAGCCUCCAACCUCGGCAGUGCCACAGGCGCCGGGGCGGGGCUCAAGCCUUUGUUUCCCGCUGGUGGAUCUUCGUCCUCUUCCACCGGGCGAAAUGCAAAUAAGAACGCCAGCAUUUCUAUGGGAAUCUCAGGGAGGAUAUCGCCAGAAUGAAUGAAUGAAUGAAUAAUGUUUUGCACAUGCAGAAGUAAGGGGACACAAAUUCCAGGCUUUGGGACACGAUUUCUAAGCGGCGCAUGUGAAAAUUCAAUUUUCUUGAUUCAAUAGAUUGAGUCCCCGGAGUGGUUUAUAGCAACGAAGAAGCGCCUUGCCAUGCGGUUCCAGCGACUUCAUACUUGCUGAGCCACAACAGGCUUAAGCACAGGCUCAAUUUCAUGCCAUGCAACAUAGCCAAAAAGCGCAUGACAAGUGUAUCAUUCCACUUCGUAAGUAAGUUUCCAACCUGACACAGCCAUAACCUCCUCAUCGCUUUUUGGGGACUUUGAUGUGGACUUUGGCCUCCCGACGAGCAGUCUACCGGCGCCGCCCCCCGUACCGCACAAUCCGUCAAACAUAUGCAUCGGCGCAGCGACGUCUGGGUUUCGGUCUGGAAACUUGCACGCACACUUGUGAUGCUUGAUCUGACUUUGCAGCGCAGCAGACAAAAAACUGUGUUCCAUGAGCUGCAAGAGUGGCUGCCCACUUGAUAAAAAGUAAGUAAGUAUUUGUACCGAAGGAGGGAGACAGGAUUACUCUCGUGCGGACUAGGCCUCCUGCGUGUAGUAAAACCUGUGAAGAAGUAGAGUUCGUUUGUGCAGCUGAAGGCCGAGCUGCAUUGGCAUUGCAGAUCGUCUAUGUGCUCGUCUGUGUCCGAUAAAGCAAGGGGCCGCAUGACCAGCCUUUGCACUUUUCCAGCCCCAGACGCACAGGCAUUUGCAGUGUAUAAAGCAGUUCGAGCGACAACUUCCUCGACUCUUUCGACUUUCUAGACCCGCCCCCGCCUGCGGUUCCGGCACUGCAUAUGAUAGUGGACAACUUCAUCCCCUGCUCCCUCUCGGUUAGAGCAUGCAUCAAAAGGUAGCAUGGAUGAUUUUGAACCUGCCUGAAACCUGCUCAUGCAGCCUCUGCGGGGCAAGUUCCGGCCCGGAGUGAAGGUGUACGUAGGAAUUGGUAUUUUGUUGCAUCACCACAAAAAAAAAUGACUAAGGGACGAGAGUAGUUGUUGUCCACUGUUAUGAUAUAGUCGCCCAGUACGACCACGCUUGGAGGAGCUCCUGGGGCGGAAUGCGGAACGGUAAAACAUGCCAACACCUCCAAGAACCCGCUGUUUAAUGCAGGCGGAGGGUCCUCAUCCAGCACCGCCAACUUGCUUGCCUCGGAUGGUCGUGCAGCUGUAUCCCAGGAAAAAGUAUUUCAGUUACACCUUUGCUGUAGCUUCAGCAAUACAAAGUUGUUGUAGAAGAGUGAGAAAACCAAAACGUGUAAGAAUUAUACAGAGGUUGCUUGUCUUGCUUGGCUUCUGGCGCAAUGUGUAUCUGUAUUAACACUUUUUUCUUUUCAUACUACAUCGGCUCGUCCACCACGGCGGCAGCCCCACGGCUGGGAGAGCCAGGCGGCGCACCGGGGGCACCCCUCUUUGCUGGCAAGGGACCGACCGCCGGUCCGGGUCGCGUUCCCGGUGGUGGGGGCCACCACCACAAGUCCGGAUCUCGGGGUAUGUUCGGCGGGCUGACCUCGCUCGCAAGUUCCGUAAUGCGGCAGGGAGAAAAGAUGCUGCAGCAAGCCGCGGCCGCCAUGCCCGAAAACGAAUUCGAACAGCCGUCGGGCGUCGCGGGGGCUGGAUUCGGGCCAGACGCCGCACUGCCUUCCGGGGCCGCCCCGCCAGCGAGUGGAUCCGGGGGCGGAAUGUUUGGCGGCACGGCCGCCGCUCUCCCAGCGCAGCAGGGCGGCGCACCAUCGGGCGAGACCAGCUUCUUGGCGUCCGGCAGUGCCUUCCUGAUGAACAAGGGACCCGUAGCAACUUCGCUCGGCGGACCGGCGGCUGGUGGCCUUGUGUACGAGCCGCCCGAAGACCUCUUUGAGCUGUAUAGAAGCGCACUCAGGUGUUACACAUUCAGCGGUUAGAAUGAAACUAACUAUAAAGGAGAUCAUGCAAAAAGACGAGCUAUGAAAUAUAAAAACGAAAACCUGGCUAGAUUUAAAUGCCCUAAUCCCGUCCACCGGUUGAAAGCGGAUGACAACUUAAGUAGUCCUGGAGCCUGAAAGAAGAAGUGCACUGUAAUCCGGCGCAAUUUGUACUGCGAAAACCGCAAUAAAGCGCGCUCCUUUUGCUCUGCUUUUCAUGGAUGGCAACGGCCUUCCAGAUGCACACUUCACUGUAACAGUUAGGAUUUUUGCAACACCUGAGGAGGCCUCCAUAAGCUGCCGGACGCGUACCGUUUCUGGAGACCGACCGUAGCGUGGUCCGGUGACGCGCACGACUCCCCCGCCUCCCGCACUGCUGACGGCCUGCGGCGAAAAGCUGCGUCGGGGACUGCUGCGAAAAGUUGGACGGCGACCGACCCGCUAGUUUCUUUGCUCGCCGGAGAGCAGAUUUUGUUUGAGGUCCCGCGUGGAGGAGCGACACCCGCACCCGGCGCGGCCACGAACAUAGCAGCGUCGUCGACGCCGCUGCAGCACGUAGACCCUAGCGGCGGGAUCAAGAUGGUAGUGCCCACCGUAUUUCCCUGCCCCUAUCCCUGCAAAAAGCUGACGGUGACCAACUACCGUCUGCAUAUGCAACUGAAUGUCGAUAGCAACCUGCUUUUUUCGGACGGCCACUGGAUCUUUUGCUCCGGCGCAGGACGUAUGGAUUGCAAAAAUGUCUGGGUCUGGAACAUUCUAAACUUGUGAUGCUGUCUCUGGAUUCUGAAAAAAAAUUGUAUUGCAUGACCAGCAAGAGGACUCCAGUUUGUGCUACACGGAGAGGGCAUUUCUCAUGCGGUAGAGGUAUCACAAGGCGCUCCAAAAAUCUGUGAUGCUACGGCAUGCAUCACAGACAUCACGGGUCAUGGAAAAUAUGCAUGACAAAUCUAGAAAUCUUCCAGACCCAGACAUUUUUACACUUGAUAGGACGAGGCCCUGCGCAACAUGCAGGAGCAGACAGCAGUGCGGAGGGGGCCGUGGCUGCCUCGGGUGCUGGAUAUCAAAUGUAAAAAUGUCUGGGUCUGGAAACUUGUGAUGCUGGGUGGCGUCUCAUGAUGAGGCCACAUAUGCUGGCUCAGCAUGACAAGUUUCUCAGCUUCUAGGUGUUGCCUAUUCUGCAUGACAAACUGCGUUUCUGCAUCACAGAAAAAUGGAGCUCUUGGGUAGCGUGCAUGACAGAUUUAAGAGUCAUGCCAGACAAGCAUGACAAACAUGCAUUCUCCAGACCCAGACAUUUUUGCACUUGAUACUGGACCGGUGCCACCGAUUCCGGACGGUAUCCUCGGAAACCAAAGCGUGCCCACCUCAUCCUUCACUCUAGCAGAAACGCAUGACGAAUUUGUUUGGCCCGAAGUGUAGUCGUGAUCAGCUGCUAUCAGCGUGGCGGCAAUUCACUUAUUUUGCCACGCGAAACGCAAGACCAAGAUUGCAAAUUGUGCUUUUACCAACGAAUUUAUUGUAAGUACGCCAACCACUCACUCUAUCUUUUUUGUAACCCUGAUUAGAAGUUACACAGCCCACAGACAACCUAAGAAAACCCAAAAACUAACUCGUGCACUAUUUUUUUCGGGCUGCGCUAGCGCUGUCGACCACACGUUUAAGGCAUGAUGAAAGCAACAAUUUUGGGGGUGGGUACGUUAUUUUUGACCAGGACACGCGAAUUUACUGCCUCGGUGCAAGAUGAGACAGCUCUUCGCGGGGUCACAGCGUCUUCAUCUCCCUCCAACGCCUUGACAAGUACUAGUUCAGCGAGCAGUUCUUCCUCCCUUCCCGCAUGGCUACACGAAGCGGGGCUCCUGUCCAUUCCGUGGGGCGCAGUACUCAGCAUAUGCACUGCAAAUACCUAGAUCAACAUCUGCGUCGGGGCACUAUUCUUUGAAGCGUGCCAUCCCUAGCGCAGUGACAACAUUGAAGUACUUAGAGCUAUGUACGUAAGUAUUGGAAAAUCUAAGUCGACCGUCCUAUAUUAAUGUUGUCGAGAACGAAGUACCAUUACGAAGAAAUGAGUGUGUCGAGAUCUGGCAUGGGAGAAUCAGGAAGACAAACUGCCCGCACCUGGCCAGACGCUAGAUGGCUGCUACAUAUUUGCGGGUGAUAAAGCAUCAAACAGUACGAUUCCAGUGGGGUAGCCCGUGUAAAAACUGCGCGUAGUCAUGAAGUGCGUUCUUUUCGCGCUUUUGCACUAAGCAACAACCUGCUAAGACACAGAUGUAUGAUGCUGAAGAAGAACGUAUACAACAGUAAGUAGUAUGUUUAUGCUAUAUGGAAAUCUAAAUGCACAUGAACAUUAUCGAUAGGCAUGACUGCAAGAUCGGGCGUGCAGACGUGUGCCUCGUCAUGAUUAGCUAGUGUGGCCGCUGGACCAAGCCGCUAGCUUGCCCUGAUCGGCUGCAAUGAAGACCCUUCCUCAUAAUUGGGCAUUCUCCAGCUGCACGUUCCAAAACAAACAUGAUCGGGCAGCCAUUCCCCGGGCAGGAUCGGGCUGGUGAAGGGGGCCGCAGUCACGGUGGGGAGGUGCGGGCUUUCGCAUGGGUUAGCCCUCGCCCGCGGGGGCUACCAUCCGCAUGUAGCGCAGGGUUGGGAUGAGCUGCUAGUCAGUGUUGGAUCUCUUGUUUGGGCAUGUUUUAUUGCCGCGGGCAGCCGCAGCACUACAGUGCCGGGAGGUGAAUUUCGCGGGAGUGUCUAGAUGAUGAGUAGCUGGGGCUCGACUUAUAAUCUCUACGAGUUGCAUUGCAUUGGGGGCCAGUGGGGCCAGCAGGCCUUUUUGUCUGUCGCACGCUUCGGCUAUGGGGAUGCACCGGCCUGGAGCUACCUUGCUUUUUCGGCCGGCUACGUUUGGCCAGGCGGUCUCCCCCCGUCGGCCUGAUGUCAGUAUUACCCCUCAACAGCAAGGGUGGGUAGGAAUUCUUUUCCUUUGGUUUUCGUCUUUAAUGCAGGUCGGGCUGGGAUUUCUGGCGGUUUCUAUCUCUAUGUGAUUGUCGGGUUUGUGAACGUCACAACUAGGCUUUGGCGGCUUGAGGGGGACCGACUGGCAUUUUCUCUCUAUCGCUUUCGGAGGGCCGAGUUCGUGCUCGCUCCUUUUCCCAGGGGGUUUUGCCCCCUGGCGUUUACGGUAGUUUUGGCCUUGUUGUUCGGUGGGGCCGAAUAAGUUGUUUUUGGAACUGGCUUCACAGCUUGGUAGCUACAAGGGCGGCCCGUCAACAACUUUACUUUGCGGCGAGAGCCUGCGAGGGGGCACUUAGCGGAAUCGGGGCACCCCGGACAAGGCGAGGGGCUGUGGCGUCGGCGCCGCCCUUCAGCAGGUGGCAGCAUUUGGUAAGAGUGCCUGAGGGCGGGCUCCCCUACUCGUGUUAGCGGGUCUAAUUCGAUAGCGGGAUCUACAUACCCGCCGGAUAGUAGGUUAACGGCCGGGCUCUUAUCGGUUUGCACGGAGACGGAUAUGAGUGCGCUCAGGUCUGGCGUGGCGCUAGUUUCUUGGCCGGGGUUUGGUGUUCGAAGGGGCCGACGCCCUCAGAGUCAAACUCAAAGGCGCCAGUCUACUACUCUGGGGGCCUAGGUAUCAGGUGGGUCAGUAGCUUUUGGACCUGGGGGCGCGUCCCGCAUCAUCAUAUACGAUGCCCCUCGGCGCAUCAUUUUCGAGUAAGUGACGGAAAGGACUAGACUUAUAUGGAAAGGGCUAGCAGAUCCCUGGUAAGCUAAUGCAAGGCGGCACGACUGGACCCGCAUUCGAGGCGGGGGUCGUGCCAUGGAAAAUUUCUUUCGAUCCCACCCACCCACCCGGUGCGCUGUUUCCUCGCGCCCACGCGGCUUUCGUGGUGACAGAGGAUUCAUUUUGGGAGGGGCCUUGAGGCAUCCCAGUAGGCUGUCUCAGCGGUGAGGGACCGAGACGCCCUUGCCCUCUCUCCUCCGAUCACGCCAUAGGGCGUGUCGGGUGGUUGGUUCAGAUUGAUAGGACGAUAGGAACGGAGCGAAAUGGGACCAGGCGCAUUCUCCAGCUGCACGUUCCAAAACAAACAUGAUAAAAGCAAGAUUAUGAACGUAAAUCGCUGUUAAUGGCAGAUCAAAGCAGAAUGGACCGAUUCUGGUGGGCGAACAACAAUUCUUAUUCGAAGCAGAAGGCACGAUUUACAUCGUGAGUAAUCGCGAUUACGUCGCGAUUUGCAACAAGUUCAAAUUCUUACUUUACAUUUUUAGUGCUUUUGUACCACUCUAAAAAGCCUAAAGAUUUUGAUUCAAACAUUCACUUUUUGUCGCUGAUGAAAUGAAAUCAUUUUUUGCCGUAACUCUUCUUGCAAAUUUUUUCAACCCAUUUGUACUUUUCGGCUGCUGACUGUCCGACUUCUUCUUUGUAUGCUGGCGACUCGGGAUCCAGCUGCUUGUAACUCGCUCGCACUUCGUCUUUUUUCUUGAUCAAUUCCUUCAAACGGGGAAUCUCGCUUUCCAACUUUUCCUUCAGCCGCCGCAGGUGUCUUCUUUUGUCUUCACCCACGCGCUGCCGAUCUUCACCCAACUUUCCUGGUGGUCUCGGGUGGAUCCGUUGCUGACGAUGUAACUCACGCUGAUACUUUCGUCUUUCUGGUUCUUUGUCUCUUCUUCUAACUGCUGAAUUUGUUCCGCAAUUGCUGUGGUGCUGAAACUCUCUUCGUUGGAAAGGUUCGCGUCGACGGUUAGUUUAGCAACUUCGCGAGCAAGAUCUUCGACUUGCUGUUCGUCCUUUACCCGUUGUUCCUGGUCGUGGUCGACCGCUUCUUGCUUUCCAGCCUCACCGACGGAGAGAACUGGUCCACAAGCCGCAGUCUUGGGCUUGAUGAAGACCCUUCCUCAUAAUUGGGACCAGGCGCAUUCUCCAGCUGCACGUUCCAAAACAAACAUGAUAAAAGCAAGAUGAAGAUUAUGAACGUAAAUCGCUUUCUUAGCAUUGUAAUUGCGAACAGCACGUGGAGGUGGACGACGACGAGCAGUAUUUUUUCACGGGAUACCGCUACAAGGAGAUUCUGAAAGACAUCAGCACCAUGAUGGGUGGUUUUUCUGACAUAUGGAUUGCAGAUAUGUCUGGGUCUGGAAACUUGUAAUGCUAAAAGUGAAUGAUAGAGGCACUGCCAUACGCAGCUAUGCAUGACAAAUCUUUUGGCUGCCAUGUGCAUGUCUUACGUAUUCCGCAUGACAAACUGCGUUUUUGCAUGACAGGCAAGAGGGCCUUUUCGUGCCUAUGCAACACAGAUUCUCGAGUCAUGCCAGACAAGCAUGACAAACUUGCAAUCUUCCAGACCCAGCCAGUGGACAUAUUAGCACGUUUAAUCUCUCUCUACAUAGUGCAUUCACGUAGUUCUCUUUUAUUUUCUUUCUUCAAAAAGUUCAAGUCGUUCUCUUCCCCGUGCUGUACCAAGGUCUUGUUUCCAGACAAAACACCAGACAUAUUUGCAAUCCAUACGAAACUUCAGGCCUGUCGGCGCCGUAUCAAAAGGAAAACUCUACCGCCUGGCGAUACGCAAUAGAGGGAUUUUUUGAUUGCAGAGUGCGACAUAUGCAAGUAAGAGUACGUACUAGACUUGAAGAGGAGCCUUAUCUUUUCUUGGUAGUGAUGCAGUGUGUAAGUAGUCUGAGCCUCUGCAGCUGCAGCUUAGCCGGUAGUAGCUUCUAGCGCAGUAGCGUAGUCGUCCGGUCGUUGGUUCGGCACGCUAGACGCGCCUUCUGUAGGGUCUCGCAGUAUUGGAAACCUCUUCUCGACGCACAGCACGAGAGAAAGCCACUCUAGCUCUGCCCGUUUUUUUGUAUGCAGCGCAACCAGAAAGAGGACCGAAGAACAGCAGGGUUGUACAUCUUGGUACGCAAAUUUGUGAUGCACUUGCAAAAACAUAUAAGAGCGGGGUAACAAAUUCUGACGAGUUGUGGCCUUCCCACUUCUCACCCGCCCGGCCGGGUGGGUGACUAGUGGGACGGAACCAGGAUCCUGACCACGAGAACGGCGAAAAGCAAGAUCCGGCCAGCUGGUCAUCCGGCCAGCUGGUCAGGAUCCUGGUUCCGUCCCACUAGUCACCCACCCGGCCGGGUGGGUGAGAAGUGGGAAGGCCACAACUCGUCAGAAUUUGUUACCCCGCUCUAAUAAAAUCCCUUGAGUACUACUACGUGUGCGAUAUAAUAUGAGGAAGGAGUUGUAGUUUUCCACGCCAUACGCCGGGGCACACUUUCAGCAAGGCACAGCUGGCCACCGAUGGAGGCGGUUGCUGGAAAAUCGCCACGAAGGACCUGCGUGCCUUCUACCUAGAGGACGUGCCACCGCAAUUUGGUGCGCAGCUGCAGGAGGCCUUUCGCAAAUUCGCGAACGCUGCCUACGGUCCGGCAAGCCUGGUAUCCAAUUGAAAACGUCAAGGGUUGAAAACGUCUGCUCGGAGGACUUCGAAUUCUUUCAUAUGGUCAGCAAGUUUCUAGCUUUGUAUGAUACGACUAGCAAAUGCAACCAGAGUGAAGCAAAAAGAUCUUCUUUGAAUCUCCAUCGCAUCUUUUGACGUGGAUAAGUAUGCGCUUUUUAUCUCUUGGCUCCUUUGAAAUCUAUCUGGUGGUGGUUUUCGUCCAUUUAUCAGUUACAGCAAGAACACGCCAGUAGGGUAUAGACAUCACAUUUGUUGGAACUAGGCAAAAAUGUCCUGCAAACUUGAAAGAGCAUGCCAUGCGCAUUCCCUCGUCCAUGACUGAAUUGGAUUCACUUUUGCAUGUAAGUCGAUAUAAAUCGACCACUUGGAUGCAAGUACAACUUACAAAUAAAAUGUGAAGAGACCCCGCCGGCCGCGUUUUUCUGUGAGAGACGCAUUUUGUUUUCACCAAGACGGACGAAGGGACAGACGAUUAAACCGCGUUUUCAAUUUGAUGUCUCUUCGCGUUCGCGCACUGCAACGGCGGCCUCGGCGCUACCGCCGGUUUAUGAAGUGGAAAGAAUUUAGCUCUCGCUCUGCCACAGUUCUAUGUAUGUUUUUCGUUUUUUCUUCCGGGAUACGAUCUCCAAGCGAAAGGUACUAAACUUGCUCACUGGGCGGGCAAGUUUUUUUUUUUCAGAUUCGCUGACGCAGGGCAGGGAAGAAAACGAAAAAGAGAUUGAUGAUUAUUAAUUUACCCACUGAGGUGGACGACGAGGGCAAGGUUUUUCCUAGGAUUUGCGGGGACAAGUAUCGGCGACGGGGCGACCAAGGAUGGCUGGCAUUUGUACGACCCCCUGGCGGAAUAUGGUAUACUUUAGUUAUAAUUUUUUCAAAAGCAAAUGCAAAGGUUAAGAAAGGUCCGGAUCGAUAAUGGUCAUUAUUUUUUCUUUAUCUUUUGCAGUACCUACUUAGCUCUAGCCAGCGAUAAAGUAAGAAUGUAAUAAAUUCCAGGUCGCAUGUUAUCCUCCGUGAUAUAAUCGUCCCCACGACCACCACGACCCGCUGCAAAUUAGGUACGAGGAAGAUGAAAAAAACUCUGCUUGGCAAGAAGCUCUGUGAGUUAGCAUGGUUUGUAGCGGCAUAUAUAAUAUCAAAUAAAGCUCGACUUGGCUUAGGCUUUCUUCUUUACUCUGGUUUUCUAAUGCUAUGCAGGUCGGGUGUUGUCGUGGUAAGGUCGUUUUUUCACAGGAUGCGUGGGCAUCGAUAUGACGGAGGGGCCGGGCGACUCACCCUGGCGGCUGUAUGCCCUGCAAAAGCAAUACAUACUUGAUGCGGGCGGCUUUGGAGUGCCGGAAUGGCAUAAAAGAGAAAAGCAACCAUGUAUAGAGAUCUGUCAUUUUGCAUUUCUUGUGGCUCAUUCGAGCGAAUCGCAAGAGGUCUGGAGGUUUUGCGAGAAGACAGAAAUAUGCAUGCCCGAGGGGAAUUUCUGGAAAGAAGCAGCAGGCUUUUACGCUCGCCAGUAGCGGCAGUUCUGCUUCUGCAGACCAAGACCGCGAUAAUUAAACUGGCUUCCAGCACGACCCAGCAUUCAUCCAUCGUGCCUUGCAGAUCCAGAUUCACCUUACGAUGAGAAUGAGAAACGUCAAUAUCAUAUCGCACGGCCAGUUCAGAAGGAGUAUCCGCUAUAAUCAUAGCCCAGAUUCUUCUACUUGAGUUUCUUUUACGUUUAACUGCAAACCCAAUCAACAUCCGGUAUUGUGCUAAUUUGCAAUGUAUCAAACGCAAAUAGGUGUGUUGGAAGAAUGCAGAUAAUUGAUACUUCUCAUGGUGCAGGUUUUGAAUCUGCCAAAUAAAGGCCUGAAAUGCACACAUCAGAGCAGCACAAAUUCUACGGAGGCUUUGCCAUGCGCUGUCUGCGUGAGAAGAAAUGCCCCCUCCUGGAAGCAAAGAGCGCAUUUCUUUUGCCGUGCCGGCUAUGCAAGACAGACUUUAUUUGCCUAUUCCAGAAUCCGCCAUCACAAGUUCGCAUUCUUCCAAACCCAGAAAUCUUUGCAAUCCAUACAAUGCAUAGGAGGUCGAGCGUGAAUAAGAGCUACCAGCUCUGCGAGAGCUACCCGCAAUGGCUGGUGGUGCCCAAGUAUCCUGUGCAAGAGUUCGAUAUCGUGCUCGCGGUACUCAUCUGUGUCUGUCCGAUGCAGCAUCUUCACCGAUUAUUGCCUUUUUGCAAGAAGGUUAGGCUUGACAAGUCGCAUUUUACUUAUUAAUUUGUUCUUCGAUUCCGAGAAUAGAAAGUUGUAGUAGAGCUGCCAGUUGUUUACGUUUAGUUGUUCUACGUAGCGAGAAAGCACUGCUCGAUAAGUAUUUCUUUUGCACUGCAUACCACGCGAGUAUCGGACCCGGUGCUGCUGGCGGUGAGUAACUACCGCAAGAAGAAGCGGAUCCCCUCUCUGAGCUGGUGCGGGGUAUUCAAGAAAAAAACAUUGUAGGUGUAACUUUUUUGGAGGAACAGCAUUACAAAUUUGUCUGGCAUGACAGCAGAAACAUGUCAUGCGCAGAUAGUACGUGAAAACGCCCUGUAAUGGACCCUACGAUGCAUGCCAAGCAUGACAGACGCAAUCACUUUGCAUGUUGCGCAUCACAAAUUUACACCAACAACGUUUUUUUCUUAGAUACGGCGGCCCCGCGCUGCACUACGCCUGCGUGUUCCGCUCCUCGCAGCCAUGCGACGGGCUUUGGGGCAACAGUUCCGAGGCGGACGAACGCCUCCUCCGGGAAAUUGCGACGGGGAAACAGAUAUCCGCAGCAAAAGCAAAACUAACGUAUUACUCAUGGUGCGCCUCCACAAUAAAGCUGCACAAGAAACUGAAACGAAGAAAGUAAGUAAUUUAGAUAAGUAUUAGACUAGAAGAAAAAAAUUAAAAUUUCACAAAAUUUUUACCGAGAAGACAUGCCCCUGUCACAGAACAAUAUGGGCAUGCAGGUGCAUGAAACUGUAGACGAUAUCAGACCUGCAGACCCACUCAUCUGCACGACUUUCUAUGUGAGUACCUGUGCACAAACAUGAUAUGGCUACCGUGUGUCUCCGCGCGUCGAUGGUUUUGCGCUGGAUAGCCAAAUAUCAAAUGCAAAUAUGUCUGGGUCUGGAAGGAUGCAAGGUUUGUCAUGCACAUUUUGCAUGACUCCUGAUGUCUGUGAUGCAUGCCCUAGCAUUAAAUAUUUCGUGAGGGCUUUCUGAUGCCUAGACCGCAUGAGAAAUGCCCCCUCACCGUGGCAAAAUCUGGACCGCUUUUGCUGCUCAUGCAAUACAGAUUUUUGUAGAAUCCAAAUGCAGCAUCACAAGUUGCAUCCUUCCAGACCCAGACAUAUUUGCAAUGCAUACCAAAUGGCCUCUCCAAGCCGCUCUUCGUCCUGGAUCUUCGUACGCACAAAUCCGCUUUGGGAAACAAGGCCGGGGGCGGCGGGUAAGAAACCAUGAAGCAGCGAAUAUUAUUGCACUAUAUUCUUCUCUUCCUUGCGAUCGCUUUACCUUUACUUCAAAGUACUUAAUACGAUGCCAUGAAGUGUAUUUUCGCACUAGGUUGAUGCACAAGUGAGUAAAAAUCUUUCCGGUUUGUUGUUUGACAAGUACGCAUUACAUUUAGUAUAGCUAUAGCUAUAGUCGUCUGGUUUAGAAGUCUCGACGACGGCACUGGUGUAGUAACUUGUGAUCGCUACAGGUAUGAGGACUACUCCUUUUGUCAGCUGGAGUUCGCGUAUCAGAGUGCCCAACUCCCCCUCCCUGUCCUUAUUUGUCGCGCAAACAGCGAAUCCAGAUCAAGUCUUUGCAUUGUUCGCAUGGCAGGCUCGGACCGCCAGAAGAGUGCUGCAACCUUGUGUAAAUUCGUCUUGCAAAUGCAAAUAAUAAACCUGCUCUCUUGCCGACGCUUGUUCCAUUCCUGUGGAUGCCCUUCUAUAAAUAAAUCAGAGGGAGGGGCAGUUGUGCACUUCCAUAUCGAGGGGAUUCCGAACAUACACGCAGUCCGAGACUCCUACGAGGUACGCAAGGGAAAAAAAGUGUGUACUUAAUGACCUAUGUUGUACUCAUGCCAUGGUCGGAGAACGUCGCGGACGUCGAUGCACGAUUCCCGGCCGAUUUUCAGCCUAUGCACAUUGCAUGAGAAACUGAAAUUAUGCAAAUUUUUGAUAUGAUUUGCCAGAUAGAUGUGAAGGAAAAGAUGUAUUUGACGUGAAGGAGAAAAUCGUGCUGCGAGCGUGGUGCCCCUGUCGCGCUGGGGAGAAUAUAAUUGCAGUCUUUUUCUUCGAAGACGGUGUACGUAGCUGUAUCUGUAUGUUGCUCGGUACUGCUGCAAAAGUGCAGAGUUAAUAGAGGAUGAACACGCUUUUUUCCCUUUGGAUACGAGAAAAUGGAGAAAGCGGUGUGUCGCAUCGCCUACAACCAAGCGGGUUCCUGUAUCAUAUCGAAUACACGGGAUACAAAACAAGUUGCAGAUGAAUCGAUGAUGUAGAAGUACUAUGUAUGUGAACCUUUUUGAUGCUUUUUGCUUUUGCUGCAGAAGAUGCUAUUGUCUCGGAAUGAUGAUAGAUUAUGUUUCUUUUUCGGUCUCUGCGGACGCCUUGCGGAUCACGAUAUGCACUGCAAACAUGUAGUCUGGGCCUUGUGAUGUGAUGAAUGAGUGAAUGUGGACUUGUUGUGCGCUUACUGCGAAUGGUUUCACGAGAACCCGUAACGCAUGAAGGAGAUAAUAAAAAGCCACGCCUCCGCCACAACAAUUGUCAUCAUUUAAAACACAGCUUGUCGUGCUGACGCGCAAUUCGACUAGCUUCUGUUCAAUGGGAUACACGUUUAGAAUAUCGUGAUCGUCCCGCCGAAGUAGAAGUGGGUAUUGGUAUGCGAUGGAGUUGUUCUCCCGCGCUCAUCUCGCAGGAAGUACGUACUAUACUGGGAUUGCAAGAAUAGAUGAAAAUGUCGAGCACUCCAUUUCCAGAGGGCAACCCGACGAAGACAUGUUUGUAGUGCAUAUCUGAUUUCCAUUUCCGUAUGAUACUCGGGUACACCGACGUGGGAAACAGCCUGUGGUUUGAGAAUCUCAGCCUGAUCCUGCAAGCGGCCGCGAACGUUGCGUGGAAAAUGCGGCAGAACCGGGCCUGUCUGGUGCACUGCAGCGACGGCUGGGUAUGCAUCAAAAAUAUUGUAGCUCCAAGUCUGGAUUUCGCUGACCACUAGCGGAGGAUCAAAAAAAACACGUGCCUAAUUAUUAAUUUUUAUUAGUACAUGAUUUGGAUUCAUGUGACAACGCGCAGCAUCAUCGAAGCAUCAAUUAUGAUCGUUAUGAUCGUUGCAUUUUUUCCAUUAGCAGCAGGGGCACCUAGUGUAGUUGUCAUGACGGAACACGUAAGUACGUUUACGUAGCCACGUGGCUAGGAGGGUUUCAAGUCGUUUACCGUGGCUUCCUGAAGACGUGAAGACUAAAUAUACCCUGAAUAUUAAAACGGUAACAAGCCCGAUGAAUGCGACACGGAAAUACAAAAGACUUGAAUUACACUGGAGAAAAACGCAACUUCGGCACAUAAAUCUAUGCAACAAGCACCAUGAAAGAGCCUCCUCCAAACCUUGAAUUAUUGAGCGAUGAAUUAGAAUUCCAGACCUGGAGGACAUAUUUACACCUGAUACGGGGACCGCACCGCGCAAAACACGACGUUGGCCAUGCUCAGUCUCGACCCAUUUUACCGCACGAUCGAAGGUAUGUUAUUUGCUUGUGUACCUAUAGGUGGGACUGGGAGAAAAUUUUUAGCAUUCAAGAACUAUUCCUGCAGGAACAUCAUCUCUCCUAGUACUUCUCUUAUGCGAUAUGAUCAAAAAUCGAGGGACAGCUCUGGUACUGCACACGGCCGCUCCUGCACUACCUCCGUAAUUGAGAAUGACCACCUUUGCUUUAUUACCGGACUCCUCUGCUGCCUCACAACAGGUUUCUGCGUGCUGAUUCAGAAGGAGUGGUGUUCGUACGGACACCAGUUUAAGACGCGGCUGGCGACCAGCCAAAAAGCGACGGGAGAAUACUCGCCGGUCUUUUUUCAGUGGCUGGACUGUGUGUACCAAUUCGCGGUCCUGCAGCACCCCGAGCGCUUCGAGUUCAACGAGCAGCUACUGUAUCAUCUGCAAAUGUGCCUGCUGAGUCGGCGCGGAAAUAAAGAUAUAAGUGUAUACUGAGUUGUGAUGCUAAUUUUUGCAUAAAAGAUGAGUGGUCACUUGUACGGUAUUUUCCCACGAUUUAUUGCAAAGUUUUUAAGUAGUCGUGUUUCGGACGACAACGAAAUGGGCUCCCUGCAGCACGACAUCAAAAGAAAUCGCUACUUCCCUCCAUGCAACACAGUAGAUCUUGUUGCCCUUCAAAUCUGCAUGACAAGUCCGGACGCAGACAAAUUUCCAAUGCAUAUGCUGCUAGACCUUACUACCUUUGCCGUUUCGAAUCAGUUUGGCACCUUCGUAUUCAAGAAGAAAUGCUGUGUCCGCGUAACUUAAAAAAACCCACAACAUGUUGAUAAAUUUGCCUUGUUACAUACUGCAUGAUGACAGCGACCAAGAAAGCGGCUUCUUUUCGGGCGUAGCUAGUACGCGUGGAUGAAGACAGAGAAAACGAAAUACUUAAGUAGAAACUACAUUUGUGAAAAGAGGCUGCUAAUGAUGUGAUCUGGCAUCACGAGAAAUGAGAACAAAGUCACACGUCACCCACACAGCUUUUUUCUUUCGAUACUUUCUGGCUGACAACGAGUCUGAGUGCUGCUCGCGGUACUUGACGAAAACGAAAAGCGUGUGGACGCACGUAUCAACUGCAGAAAUGUCCUGUGGGUUUCUUGGAGUAUUUCGUAUUAUUUCAUGCCAGCACUCUCGCCCGGUCUCCUACAUCGUGAGAAACGGACUUCAGUACGCCACCAGACAUGACAAAGUGAAAUUUUUUGAAGGGUCUCUACACGCCCACAAUGCACAAGCACCGUGAAAAACAGAAAGCGCAUUUUUGCUUGACAAACUACAUAGCACUGUUGGUUCGCUUCGUGCCACACAGGCGACUAGAAGUGCAUCAUUCGGAAUGCGCAACACACACUUACUGCCAUACCGAGACCCACGCAUUUUUGCAAUGCAUAGCAGGUUCUGGAGAACAAAACCCGCUACCGGAACCCGCGCUUCCGGGCGAAAAUCUCGCCGCACGGCGUCAACAUCGGGGAGGAUGCCGGUGCUACUACGCCACCUUCGCUGAUGGCCGCACCUCCCUCCGCAACAAGCCGCACCCUCUCUGUCACGAUCGAUUACUUGCCUAUCCAGUUCUAUCCCACAGAAAAGUUGCUAGUGCAGCACGACCUUAUCCGUUCACGUAUGAGUAUGCUCAGACAAACAGAAAAAUGAAAGAGCAUGCUAAUGCUAUCACCUCGUGCUGGAGCGGCCUAACCAGGACCAUGCUCCUGUAUUUAUUCAGCAUCUCCUCGGCAAAAAUGCUGACAGAUCCACUUUUUGCUUGUUUUCAACAGCAUGCGCGGAGGUCGUGCACGAUCAUGUUGGUGUGCUACUAGCUUUUUUCUGGGUGAUAAAUUCUCACAGGCACGGCUGAAACUGUGGGAGAAAUUCUGGCUACGGUAUCACCCACACCUGUGGCUGAUGGACCGCUCAACAUGAUGCAGUGGAUAGGUAUUUUUCGAUCGGACCACCGGUCCGGUUUGGGCUGCAUAAUUCCUUUAUAUAAUUGUUCGUAAAAAGGAUGCGACGCAGGUAGAAGUACCUGUAGCAAGGACCGCAUUCUCUCUACCGAAUUCUCCCGAUACACCCGUAGCUAUGUAGACUUUUUUAACAAAAAGAAAAAACUCAAAUAAAGAUAAAGAUGAACGCAAGAUUGAUUUGGAACCCCGACAGACGAGACCUUUUAACAAGUAUCGCAAAAAAAGACGACACAGACACUGGCAUUGAAACUGCUCCCAUUCUUAGAUAUGAUGUUGGAU